AUGCCAUCAUCCAUACUAGGCUACAAGUCUAUUGCCCCGCAUUUAAAUCUUCCAGACUCACAUACUCACCGCAAAUAUGAAUUGGUCCAUAUGCCCUCGGGUCUCCGGUGCCUACUAAUCAAUGAUAGCUCUUCGCACAUGGUAUCUGUUUCCAUGACCGUUGGAUGCGGCUCAUUCCAAGACCCAGAUGAAAUCCAUGGCUUGGCUCAUUUAUGUGAGCAUUUAAUUGUUCUGGGAGGGCCACAAACUCGACUCCGGCACGUGGUAUCCAAUUCUGGCGGAUCCAUGAACGCAUAUACUGGCAGCGACCAGACAUCGUUCGCUUUCGAAAUCUCGUCUUAUGCGGAAGACAGUCUGAAUGUGUUUAUCAUGGACUCGAUGCUUCCGGUGUUUGCAUCGUACUUUUCUAAACUCAAGUUUACAUCUGCUUCCAUAGGCUCAGAAUCUCGAGCUGUGCAUGAGGAGCACAUGCUCAAUACAUCGAACAUCGAGAAGAUCUUGUGGCACGGGCUAAGGCUUCUCACGAGAGACUCGCAUCCUUUCAGUAGGUUUGCUACAGGCAAUUUGGCUACGCUAUCCGAGGCACCCACAAAGCUUCUCAAGGCCAAAUUGGUCUCCUAUCACGCGCACAACUUCCGGCCAGAAAAUAUGGCCUUGGUGAUCAAGGGUCCGCAAUCCACCAACCAUCUCAAAAAAGUAGUUGCGCAUCAUUUCUCAGGCAAGAAAGAGAUGCCCAGCAUACUGAGCUCCUCAGGUCUCACGAAUCCUUCGAAAAACGCAUGUGUAUUUGACGAGAUGGCUGAAAACAUCCUAUUCAUCAAAAGCGAGGUGUCUCCACGUAUAAGGCUUUGCUUUCCGUUUUGUGAAGAUGACGGUCCAUUUGUGAGCACCACCCAGACCUUGCUAUGUAAUAUCAUAGGGAACGAGUCUGUGGACUCGCUCUGUUAUCAACUCAAGAAAACAACUCAGCUAGCGGAAAACGUGUUUGUGCACACGCAGGAGAUUUGCAAGGAGAGUAGCGUGCUUCUCAUUGAUAUUGAGGCUACCAACCAAGGCAUGCGGCGGAUCCAGGUGGUUUUGGGGGUGGUGCUUCUGUUUCUUGAGAACACGCUUGUGGGAAUUGCCGACUCGGAGUUGGAAUCGAUCAUAGAUGAGUAUCAGAUUGUAGACCAGGUGCAAUUCAAAAGCAAAAAGAUCCCUGCUUCGCUGCUCGAGGAAGUUGUCGCGUACUCCGAGUACCUUCAAAGAAACACCGAAAACAUCCAAGGCAUCGUGAAAGGAGAAGCAGGCGGAAACAAAACCGGUUCUUUGGAAAUGAAGCAGACUAUUCGGAACCGUCUAUGUCGAAAUCGGCUUCUUGUACAGAUUUUGAGCCCCUCGUUUCUGCCCGUGAAUCAGUUUGAAGGCCCCACGCCCGUUUUCUGUGAAGACAAGUACUUUGGCUUCGAGUACACGAAGUUGAGGUACGACUUUUCAGGCUUGCCGGAACCAUCGCUCCCUGCAAUAAAGGUUCCUCGGCCUAUUGGAAAGUUGGCUCAGAAAGUAUCGUUCUUGGUAGAGGCCAAAACGCAGAGCCCCGCCACCAAGUACAGGGACUUGGAAACGGCAAGGGAGCAGCCGGUGCUUUGGGCAGGCGAGGAUUCCUUGCAGAUCUGGUCUCACCAUUUGGCUGAUAGCAGAGACAUAGAAAUCAGUGCACACGUCAAGUUGAGUCUGGUGGCUGCCGAUGCCGAGAGCCUCGUAGGGGUGGAGAUCAUGGCGUCGAUUGUGGGCGAAAAAUUGCAGUUCAUUUUGUACAAUCUUGAGUCGCUCGGCUGCUCGUGGGCCGUGCACGUGAAUGUGAAUGGCGAGCCUUCGUUGAUGCUCACCGCAGGCGGGCCCAGCACGCUUGUCCACGAAGUUUUGUCGACGAUGGUGGAAGAGCUUGUCACGUGCCUCGGGUCCAUGCACCAAUGCUCAUACCAGCAGCUCAAAAGAGCACGUGUUCUUCUCCGUAGGACGUACGAGGAGUAUGUGAAUGCGACGGGCGUAAAGCUUGUCUUUGUUAUGGCAAGCGUGCUUUUCGACGAGGGCCUCGUUUUGCCAGCCCAGCGAAUUAAGGCCUUGGAGCUCAUUGAUAUCGAGUCUGUGGCUGCGCUUGGGCACUGUGUACUUGCGGGUCCGAGUUUCACAUCCGUCCUUGUUUCUGGAAACGCAGGCGAGCCAGAUCUCUCAAAAGUCCGGGAUAUCUGCGGCUUGGUCGGCGGGAACGGCGUUUCCAAACCCCUUUUCCAUCCUGAAUCAAGCUUCUUGCUCCCAAGAGGAGAGUGCUGCACACUCCAAGUGGCUGGUCCCUCUGGAGACCCAUUGGCUGUGGUGUACUACUAUAUCCAGAUGGGUGAAAGAAGCAGUCUCACGACCUACGUCUUGGCCAAGUUGGUGGAGCUGGUGAUUUCUGCCUUUGCGUUCGAGGACUUGCGGAUGAAACGGAAUUUGGCCUAUGGGAUAUUCACGGGCAUGCGUAUGUUCAAAAAGACAUUCGGCAUCCACAUCACCGUUCCCACCGCCAGCCACAGUUGCAGCUUUUUGGUGGAGCAGAUUGAAGAAUUUCUCACAACUUUAGAGCAAAUAAUAGACAGCUUUUCGGAGCAGCAAUAUGCCCGGCUCGUCCAAGAUUUAGCAAAAAGCACCGAUGAGCUGGCCGGCGACGAUACUGCCACCACCAAUUUGUUUUCGAGUCUCCAGCCUGUCAACGGGUCCAGUGGCCAGGGAAAUGAAGAUGAGCACACAAUCCACUGGAACAACUUGGAGCAGAUUCUCAAUAAAACAUACAAUUUUGGCGGAAAGGCAUGCGAGGAGAGAAUCGACCAUGGCGUGCUAGCAAAAAUCACGUUGCAGCAAUUCCGCCACUUCUUCCGCCAAAAGGUCAGCGUGAGCUCACCACACCGAUCCGUUGUGGCAAUCAGC